CUUGGGUUUUUAUUCUUCUCCUUAGGUGUCUGAUCAAGGCCAAAUGAAUUGCAAACCAGACACUUGUAUGACCUUCCAAAAUCAGUAGCAGUAAACUUUCUGCCUCCAUUUUCUAAUCCAGCAGGUUGCCCUUGCAAUCAAGCCAAAACAAAUUGAACUGUUCUAGCUUUUAGGGAAUUUCCUACUUUUUCAUGACAUCAACCUUUCAUGCCUGUGCCAAUUCAAUUCAUUGAAUAUCCUUAAAUGCUAAUGAUAAUUUCCACCACAUACCUUAGGCUUAAAUAAAUGCAGACCUCAGAUGCUGCCACACCAUCAUUCUUUCGUCACUUUCCACUUGCACAUGUGCUCCUUUACUCACAUUGUGGCUUGAAUAUAAUUUCCAUGAUAUCUCCCUCCACUUUGCUUCAGUGUAUAGGGUAUGUGGUUUUCUUAUCUAUGGUUCAUAUUGAUAGGGAGAUAAAGAAAAAGAGUGAGAACUCUGCUGAAACUGGGAACGCGUUAAGCUCCCACAAAUUCUUUUGUUCUUGUCAACUUUUUGACUUUGGAAUAUGGUUAUUACUCUCCAUCAUCAUCAUCAUAACAGUCUAGAAAAGUCUACGAUGUAAAUGUAUAUGUUAUGUAGUACCUUUAUAAGUAUAAAUUGAAGUUUUCGACAAGAAUUACUGCUAUAGCAAGUCAGCGAUGGAAAGCACUCUCUUUCGCAUGAUUGUUGUUCUACUGGGGUUAUAUCAUAUUGUCUGCUUGAAUGCUGUCCCGAUUACAAGAAUCGGAAGCCUAACGCAUGGAGCUCAAGUUCAUCAAGUUCCAGAGAAUACUCACUUGGUAGCUGCAGAGAAAAGUUCAGAGGCACAGAUCAUUAAGGGCAGGAUGGUUGUGGAGCUGAACGAUUAUCCUGGGUCAGGAGCUAAUAACCGCCAUACCCCAAGGCCACAAUUUGGCAGAUGUGCGGAUUGUUAGUUUCUCUAAAUAGUCGGUCUUUGUUCUUCAUAUUAUAAUACAGUGUAAAGGAUGAUUUUGUUCUAUAAUCUCUCAAUUUGUUUAGCUUCUUAAAUUUGUUUUUCUCGUCUCUUUUCCGGAGGGUGGAUUUGAUAAACUAAGUGAGUUGGGAAGUUAAUUCGUAAGGGGAGACAUUCUGAGGAGGUGUAAUAGAAUGAAGAGAGCAAGGACGGAGAACUAAUUGUUGUAGAUUCCAGUAAUAUGGAUGUUAGAGACUUUAAGCAAAUUGAUAAUCUCCUUAUCUAGCAUUAUGAGAUGGAUUAUUAUAACUACAAGUCACCUCUUAGUCUGACUGCACAAGAUAAUGGUUGUUAAAUCUUGGUGCACUGUAAAGUCUUCUCAUCUCCAUAGACCGAGUCCAUCCGCCAGCUUCACCUUGAUUGUGUGUUCCUGCUCAAGAAGUGGAAGCUGUUGUGGUUUCAAUAAAAGAUAUCUAGGACAGUGGCUUCGGUAGUUCAUGGAAGUCUUUCCGUUUUGGAACUGUUAAAUUCUCCAGAAGCAAGGGAAGGCUUUUCCUUUGGGCUGCUUGGAAUACACCCUGAAAGUUCUUGGCAGCUUGGAUUAGCCUUCAGCAGUCCAUAUCCUUAGUUCCAGAUUUCCUAUUUUUGAUGUACGUUCUGUGUUUCUGGUUGUCUCCAAAAUGUCGUUUGGUGAAACUCCACUGCGUCCUUAUAGUGAGAGACUAAAACUCGACUUUCUCUCAAUGUCAGUAUCUCUUUGUUUUCAUGUUUCAAUUAGAAAAUAUGUUCUGACAGCUAACUGAUGACAUUUCAAUAAGAAAUUUGCAGUAUAGAAGAGACGUAUCUUAGUUGGAUGAUGCAACUAAUUAAGGAUAACUCUCCAUCCUCUGUCUUGCAGGAUUUACUCAACAGUGAGAAAGGCACGCAUUGCUUGCUUGGUAGGUAACAUGAUAAAACAAUUCAAUUAUAGCAGUGGUGCUGGACAACCCACCCAGUUUCUGCAAACUUUGCCGUGAAAAAUGCUUGUCCUUGGAAUGUGCUUUACACUUAAUUGGGUUAAAAAAGAGCACAUUCGAGUAAAAUACUGUCAAUGUAUCUUUUUGUAGUUUGGUGUUAGACAACCAAGUUGUUAAGAAGUUCAUUAGAACCAAUAUGCACUUUUUAAAGCAACCUGUUAGGUGAACCACUCACAAAGCCCCUCGUAAAUAUCUCAAGGCAGUUUUUACAUGUGCUUUGUAUUUUUAGUGGAGAAAGUGGGGUGUGAUGUGUUAAGCAUUAAUUUCAUUUUUCGAAUCGGCUUGGUCCU